CUUUCUCUGUGUAACGUGUUCUCAUCCUUUCUCUGUGUUUUUCGUAAUUGUUUGUACUACAUGUCUCUCAUCUCUCACACACCUACUCCCUUCCUCUAUCACGAAAGUAUGGGUUUUUUCUGGGUAUUUUUAAGCGUAUUCUCAAUGUGCUUUCAUUUUAAUCUGACAUUUUCAGAGGCCUUGGUCUCGUGACUUCCAGUUCAGGUUUGCAAACACCAAAACCACACGGGAAAGGUGAUCACGUCAUGGGAGGGUCCAGAGACUGCGCUGAGGUUAGAGGUAUUCAACUGGAACAGGGAGAGAGACUGAGAGGCACUGAGUGGGAGACAGGCACAAAGAAAGGGCAUCGAACGAGGGGCAGAUACAGACUGUGAGCUCAGUGAGACAGUCACACAUCUUGCAGGAGGGAAAGGAACAGACACAGAGAGUGAGCUCAGCAAGACAGUCACACAUAUUGCAGGAGGGAAAGGAACAGACACAGAGGGUUAGCUCAGCGAGACAGUCACACAUAUUGCAGGAGGGAAAGGAACAGACACAGAGGGUUUGCUCAGUGAGACAGUCACACAUACUACAGGAGGGAAAGGAACGGACACCCUGGAUGUUUGGUAGAGCAGGAGUGAAUUGCCCAGAAUAUACUCACCGGCAGAAAGGGACAGAAACACACAGAAAGCAAUUAACAUCUGAUUUGGACAAACGUGUGGAAGGAGGUGUACAAAAACUAAGCAAUCGGUGACAGACUGUGAAGUCUGGUGAAUAAUUUGUGGGCAGCAGGACAUGCAACCAGAUUCUGAUAGCAACGAGCCUGGAUACAGUAGUUCUCCAUCUUCAUGUAACAGACAGGAUUCCUCCGAUGAUAUGAAGAAAGUUCAGAGGAGGGAGAAGAAUCGAAUUGCGGCUCAAAAAAGUCGCCAAAGACAGACACAGAAAGCAGACGCUCUGCACAUUGAAAGCGAGAGUCUGGAGCGACUGAAUUCCACACUGCGCAGAGAGAUUCGCUUGCUGAGGGAGGAGCUAAAAUAUCUGACCUGUGUGUUGAGUACGCAUCAGUCUAUCUGUGUACUCAGUGCCACCAAACAGUCUGCCUUCCAACCACACGUAGCCUCCCCACGCUACCAGCAGUAAGCAUGCACAGAGACACUGCCAAUGGCACAAGGAGCCGGCACGGACCCAUUACGUUAAUCAGCCAAAGACUGUAAUUAUUAUUUUUCUAACUUUUUAAUGUAUUUUUAUUUUGUGUAAAUAAAGCAUAA